GCACAAACCGGCAACCAUCUGAUUAAUAGCCAGAUUCCCUAACCGCUCAGCCAUCUGACCUUAUGGUAUGCCCUGUGUACCUUUCAGAUUGUCCAACCAAUUAAAAAUCUGUAUGGCAUUCAUCAUUCUUUAAUGUCACCUCCACCACUGCCACUCUCCUGCUAGUGUCCUAGCCACCCCUCUUGUCUGUGCUCCAAGUAUCCUCAUUGUAGCAAUGAGGCAGGUUUUCUCCAUGGUAACAAGAGCCCUAUAAGGCUGUGGCUAAUCCUUGGGAGCUUACACAAUUCCUACUUCUCAUAAGAGGGUUUUACCAAUGCUCUGGAAUUCUCCCUGAACAAGUCCUCUCUCCCUGGAACCACCUGAGGAGAAAAACAGUCCCGCUGAGCUACUAAGAGGUGGAGAGGAACAAACGGUAGGUCUCCUUACCCAGCAUGUUCUCUUUUAGUUCUAUUUUCAGAAUGACUCUUUUCUUUAUUUCAUUCUUUUUUUGCAGCUGAAGUUCUUCUGGUUUGCAUAUAAUGUGGGAGGAUGUACGGAUCUGGGCAGCAGAGCUGAGAGAUGCAAGGCUGGCCAUCCUAGUGCUAUGGGGUCUAAUUCGGGUAAAGGGUGCCUGCAGAGCCCUCCUGCAGUCCUCCACGAGAUUAGGCGAACCCAUUAUUAACGCCUCCCUCAGCCAGGGAACAUUCUCUCUCUCUUUCUUUCCUGCCUCCCUGCCUAACAACUAUCCCUUCUUUCUCCUACUUUCCCUUGUUGGUCCUCCAUUACCUCAAACUGUUUCCUUUACUUUCCCUCUCACUUUCUCUCAGUAUUUCCUUCUCAGCUAUCUUUUCCUUCUCUUCCCCUCCUUACCGGUUUCUUUAACCCUCAGACAAUCCAGUGAGUGUGAGGGACUUUGAGGGUCCGGGUGGCAACAUGUGGCUCGGAGGCCAUGCUUUCUCCACACUGCUGCUGCACCUGACUGUGCUGGGGACAGGGAGACUUAUGGAGGUGCAGACUCAGGGCAUGGGCCAGGAACACGGCUACCUGCAGGACAGCCUCAGGGUCUUGUCUCUACCCCCUGGGCCAGGGAGCCAGCUUCAGCUCCACAGGAACCAGACAGGUGUCCUGCUCUCCACCCUCCUUCAGACGGUACGCUGUCCAGAACGGAUCAGUGGGUCACAGGAGCUUUGUGAGAAGUGCCUCUCUCCUGAUACGGUCCUUUCUGUCCUGGUGGAUGAUGGGAAGGCGUACCUUGCUGAGGAGGACUACCUUAGAGUCUCCACAGCAUUGCUCUACUACAUCAUCAACUUGCAGGACCUCUGUAGUCCCAACACCGCUUCCUCCUCUUCGUCCUCCUCUUCAUCACUCUCUUACGAGGACUACCUCCGGGCCCUCACCAACCUACACCCAACUGAGGACAGACACUUUCUCUCCUCCAAUGAGACAGAGAGUGUUCUUCAGCUCAUUAACCAGCACUAUCAAGGUCAUGCCCUGGAGACAACCACCUCCUCCCGCUCACAGUGUGUAGAUGCCACCAAUCUGAUGGAUGAGGUCGGGGUGACGGACAGCCGGGGUGCCGACCUGGUAGCUGUUCCCCGCCUUGCUGCAGCCAUCAUCAGUCACACCCUACAGGGGCACUGCUUCAGCAAGAGGAACCUCCCUUCCCCUGCCUUCUUCACCGAGUACAUCUUCCAGUCCCUCAACUGCACCAGCAACCUGCAGAUCAUAGAUCUGGAAGAGCUGCUGCAUCAGCUGGGUGUUGGAGGAGGAGGAGCCUCCCACUCUCACAGCAGAGCCAGGCGGAGCUUCACAGGCCCCGCCCAGAGAGUUUCAAGGCAUCAAUUGGAUGGUUGUGCUCAUGAAUCUCUCACAGAUUGGGCCCAUGUGUGCUUCUCAGCCAAUGAACUGGUGGAUAUCUUUGCUCUGAAUCCUCGUUUACCCAUAUCCAGAGAUCACUUCAGACAACUGUGUCCUGCCAUAAUCCAGCAAUUGCUAGGCAAUGCUUGUGAUCCCACAGAGCUAAAGGCACGAGGAUCACCACCCAGCGCCAUUGAGAAGUAUGGCUACAGCACUGCUGCAGUCUUGCUCAUCACGGUGGGCUCCAUGCUGGGCAUCUGCCUGAUCUUCUUCAACUCCUGCCAAGAGACCUACGCCCUCAUCCUGCAGCUCUUCGUGGGCCUGGCAGUGGGCACUCUCUCAGGAGAUGCUCUGCUGCACCUCAUACCACAGAUCCUUGGUCUCCAUGAUGACAGUCACGCUGAUGAUCAUCACUUUACAGAGGGCAAGGAAUACCUGUGGAAAAUUCUGGGGAUCAUUGCUGGCAUCUAUGGAUUUUUCCUCAUUGAAAGAGUCUUCUCCCUAGUGUUACCUUCUCACAACCAUGGCCACCAGGAUAUGGGCCAUUCCCACGACCUCCCCCUGGAGCUCAACUGCAACGGACAGUCACAGAGGGGCAAGUCCAUCUCCACCAUGCAGCUGGAAACUGUGGAAGACUUGGAAUGUACAGAGAUAACUUCUGAUGAGCCAGGCACAAGUACACCUAUGCAAAGACAGGGGGUUCCUCUGCUGGCUCUAAUGGUAAUCGUUGGAGACAGCCUCCAUAACUUUGCUGACGGUCUGGUGGUGGGUGCAGCCUUCUCUUCGUCUGCUGAGACGGGCAUGGCGACCACCGUGGCCAUACUGUGCCAUGAAAUACCACAUGAAAUGGGUGACUUUGCGGUGCUACUUAGCUCAGGUCUCUCUGUGCGGAAGGCCGUGUUGAUGAACCUCUUCAGCGCACUGACAGCCUUUGUUGGCCUCUACAUCGGGUUGUUCGUCUCCUCGGAGACCGAGGUCCAGCAGUGGAUCUUCACUGUCACUGCUGGGAUCUUCCUCUAUCUGUCCCUCGUUGAGAUGCUUCCGGAGAUGAACCGUGUGAAGACCAGCAGGCCUUGUGUCAUGUUCCUCCUGCAAAACCUUGGUCUCCUCAUGGGAUGGGCUUGUCUGCUGCUCCUGGCUCUGUUUGAACAUCAACUCAAGUUCUAAGGACUCAAUCUUUUGCUCUUUCUUUUCUCACAUGCACAAACAAUUUUAAAUUGAUGGUACUUAGGGUCAAGCUUUUUUUUACAAUGUUGACAUCCUUUAUUUGCAUUAUGUUAUUAGGUCAUACUUUAAGUAAACAUUAAGUCAAAAACAUCUCGAAAGUGAUGACAGAGUCCUACUUCUGUGUCAUUCAGAAUGUGUUGUGUAAGCUUAGAUCUUUAGUUUUUUCCAUGUGAGGAUGAUUUAUUUUUGUAUGUGUAUUAAGAUAUAUCAUAUAUGACACCUGAAAAGUAUUUUUUCCACACCUUUAUUGUACCUAGUGUUGUACAAUUGUACACAUGUUUAAAGGUACAUUCUUAGUGCAUUAUAUCCUAUUGAUGGAAGAUGUAUGUUGCCACCGACAAUCAAAUGAACUGCAAUCCAUUUCCUUUUUUAAACCAAGCUACUAAGCCUCCGUUUUAUUUCUUCUUCCUGAGCCAACAUGGAGGCAGGUCCACCCACCUGGGUGCCCUGUGCCCCUCAUCCAAUGUGCUGGCUGACUCAUCCUCCUGCUCGUCCCCCUCCACACGCUGGAUCCUACUGAGCGCCCACACAGUGCUCUCUAAUCUGAGUCUCUUUCUGUCUCUUUCCCUUUGCCCUUUUUUUGGGGGGGGCUCUGUCCAUCUUUCUCUCUGGUUCACUCUGUCACUUUUUUCUCUAAUGAUCCCUCUCUCUUUCUUUCGGCGGGCCAGUAGAGAGAUGGAGGAGGGAGAAGAAUAUAAGAUGAGUAAAGUGUGACGGCCCUCAUGGCUGUACAACAGCACAAAGAUGUACAAAGAUGUGAACAAGUAUGUUCACAAGUUCAAAGACCACACAAACAACGCCACAUAAACAAAUGUGGUUCGCAGUUUCACAUGAAGGAACCAAUGCCUGAAUGAAUUAGAAAUUAGUGAACAAUCCAUGCAUAUAAUAAGAAAACAGAUGGUGAUUUAUUGAAUUAUUGCCGAAACAUCACCUGGUCUCUUCUAAAGUACCACUUCCCAAAUCAGCUUGUGUCAAAGCAAGGAGAAACCAGCUGACAGCAUUUGUUACUUCCCACUAAGUCAAUAUCUAACAAUAGAGGGACGUUUGUGGAAUUAUUUUUGCUAAUUGUUGGAUUGUAAACCCCUUUGGAAUAUCCAGGAAAAGUUUGGGUUUCAUGAUUUUGUGUUUCUGUGCAUGCAUGCUAAAAUUGCGGAUAUUUUGUUUUAAAUAUCAGGCUUGUGUGUUGAAAGGUGUUAUUGGGCAGGAAGGAAAGGCUUUUAUUCUUGGCUAUGUGCGGUAAACUCACCCUGUAUCUGCAGCCAUCAUCAUUCCCUCGGCACUGAACUUCCAAAGAAGAGGAAAAGGUUAAAAGUCAUGAGUACAGAGCAGAAUGGGGAUCAGACGGGAAAGGCUAAAACUGACACACAAUGGGAAACGCUAGCUAUGCAGUACAUUCCUUUCCUUUUUGAUUUCAAAAUGCAAUUCUGUUAUGAAACGGAUCCACUCUAUUCUUCAUUUUUUUUUAACACGGUGCCAAAGAAUACAGUUAAUGAAUGUACAAUUGAACAUUUUGACCCUAAAGUAUUUGCUACUGUUUUACAAUUGAGCCACACACACCUGUAUAGUUAAAUGGAUAUUUUGGGCCCAACAGUAGUUUAUCCAAUAUUAAAAUACAUAAUGGGAAAAGAAAAUGUGAGGGAUAUAUGUACGAAAGUUCUCUAAAUAUCAACCAUUAUGAACUCUGGUCAUGUUGAAAGUCCAGUCUAACAAGCAAAGACAACCACUAGAGGGCAAUGAAUCGUUCAAAAACUGUGGGAAUCAUCCCACUUGCAGUACCAAAACAUUCAUACUGUAUGUUGCAAGGGACCAUUUCCAAGGGUCACUGUCCUCUGACAUCUUCACGUGGGCCAUGAUAACCCAGGCUAACAGUCACGACAAUGAGGUGCAUCAUCAAAUGUUGGUAAAACUGACAUUAUAGAAGCAUACAUUCAUGAGUAUGAUACCAAUAAAGCAGUUUAUGAAUACAUGUAGUCAUUGGCCCACUGAUAAAUCUUAAGAGAUAAAAUGUACGUGUGUGCAUAUAGUUGAGACAGUUUGAGAAACCACUAAGGGUUUGAAAGAACAUUUCCACUGUCUAGACAAAAACAUAAACAGCAUACAGAAAAAGCCAUCUUAGGUAAUAAAUGCUUGCAG